AUGGACACCUUUGGAAGUCCUCGAAAUCAUCAGUUAUUUGUCCUGCUGGCGCAGCGCAUUUGCUCGCUAGUCAUUCAUCUGAUAAACCACGCGAGGCAAGAGUGUUCACCGAUCCAGGAAGCUUUUCGCCAAGCCCUUUUGCCCAUGCAUCGAGAGUUGACGCAGUUUUUAUUCCCUCACUCACAUUCAUUUGAGCAUAGCUUCCAGCUCCGUAAUCCGGGUUCAUCGUUUCACACUCUACCUUCCAUGCCACACUACCAUUUCCAUCCAACAUCUCAACAUUCGACAACUACGGGCCGUUUUGCUGAUUUUCGUGGCAGUAUCACUCCGCCGGAAGAUAUCACACCACCCCACCACACACCAACGGGUUCAGUGCUCGGGUUUACCUCGACACCCAUCCGGUCACCAGUUGUACGCCCGCGGUCGGAACCCUUCGCACUCAUUAAUCAGCUAUUGAUGGCGAUGCACACUUCCGAUGGCUGCAAUUUGUCAAGCGUCACCGACCAGUACACUAAUGAUCCCGUCUUCCGCGAGCGAAUGCUCCGGGAGGUGGACGAGUUGCGAUCUUUAAUUCUAACUCAAUCGGAAUGUCCGAGUAGUGUAGCAGGGCAAGCAUUGCGAACACUUUUGGAUCGAGUAGAACAGGCCGAACUCACACUUUCGUUGCUCAUCCGCAACAUAGAGCUGUUGCAAAAUAAUCCAUGA